AAAAUUAGGAGAGCGAGAGAGCGCAUGUCGACGCUCACUUGUUUACUUUCUGCCUUUUCGUAGUUGUUUCCUUCACCAUGAAGAUACAACUCUGCAGUUUCAGCGGAUACAAGAUCCAGCCGGGCCGUGGCAAGACCAUGGUCCGGACGGACGGCAGGGUCAUGGUAUUCCUCAAUGCAAGAAGUGAGGCAGCCUACCUAAUGAAGAAGAACCCACGUGAAGUACGAUGGACGGUGUUGUACAGGCGAUUGCACAAGAAGGGUGUCGAAGAAGAAGUGACAAAGAGACGUACCCGCCGUACCCAGAAGUUCCAGCGUGCCAUUGUUGGUGCCUCCCUCACAGAUAUCAUGGCUAAGAGGAACAUGAAGCCCGAAGUUCGCAAGGCUCAGAGAGAACAGGCCAUCAGAGCUGCCAAGGAAAAGGCAAAGGCUGCUAAAGCUGCAAAGGCAGCUGCUAAGAAGCCCGCACCUCCCCAAGGAGCAAAGCAAGGAAAAACUGGAGCAAAGGUUCCCAAGGUCCAGAAAGGUGGUCGCCCUGCACAGGGUGGACGUGGCCAACGACGCAAAUAAUAGAAGAAAGCU